GGAGGGGUCCGGGGCGAAGCCAGACUAGGAGACUGACGGGGUAUUAGAGCAGGUUGGGUCGAAACCGGACCAAUGGACAGGCUGUGGGCGUGGCUGCUGGACCUGCCGGGGUAGAGCCGGAACGAGAAGGAUGAGGAGAUGAGCACAAAAGUCUACUUAGACCUGGAAUGGACUGACUACAGGCUCAGCUGGGACCCUGAGGAGCACGAGGGCAUCGAUUCACUCCGCAUCUCAGCGGAAUCCGUGUGGCUACCCGACGUGGUGCUCCUAAACAAUAACGACGGGAAUUUUGAUGUUGCUCUGGACAUCAGCGUCGUGGUGUCCUCCGACGGCUCCGUGCGCUGGCAGCCCCCGGGCAUCUAUCGCAGCAGUUGCAGCAUCCAGGUCACCUACUUCCCUUUUGACUGGCAGAACUGCACCAUGGUAUUCAGUUCCUAUAGCUAUGACAGCUCAGAGGUCAGCCUGCAAACUGGCUUGAGUCCUGAGGGACAGGAGCGGCAGGAAGUGUAUAUUCAUGAAGGGACCUUUAUUGAGAAUGGCCAAUGGGAGAUUAUCCACAAGCCUUCUCGGCUAAUCCAGCCUCCAGUGGAUCCUAGGGGAGGUGGGGAAGGACGACGUGAAGAAGUCACCUUCUACCUCAUUAUUCGCCGGAAGCCUCUCUUUUACCUGGUCAACGUCAUUGCCCCAUGCAUCCUCAUCACUCUCCUGGCCAUCUUCGUCUUCUACCUGCCACCGGAUGCAGGAGAGAAGAUGGGGCUCUCCAUCUUUGCCCUGUUGACCCUCACUGUGUUCCUGCUGCUGCUGGCAGACAAAGUACCUGAGACCUCCCUGUCUGUCCCCAUCAUUAUCAAGUACCUCAUGUUUACCAUGGUCCUCGUCACCUUCUCAGUCAUCCUUAGUGUUGUGGUCCUCAACUUGCACCAUCGCUCACCCCACACCCAUGAAAUGCCCCUUUGGGUUCGUCAGAUCUUCAUCCACAAACUCCCUCUGUACUUGGGUCUGAAGAGGCCCAAACCUGAGAGACAUCAGAUGCUGGAGCCACCUUCCAUAGCUCUCAGGGAUUCUCCAGGAAGUGGCUGGGGCCGGGGAACAGAUGAAUAUUUCAUCCGCAAGCCACCAAAUGAUUUUCUCUUCCCCAAACCCAACAGGUUCCAGCCUGAACUGUCUGCUCCGGACUUGCGGCGAUUUAUCGAUGGUCCAAACCGGGCUGUGGGUCUCCCUCCUGAGCUACGGGAGGUCGUUUCUUCGAUCAGCUACAUCGCUCGACAGCUGCAGGAACAGGAGGACCAUGACGCGCUGAAGGAGGACUGGCAAUUUGUGGCCAUGGUAGUGGACCGCCUCUUCCUAUGGACCUUCAUCAUCUUCACAAGCGUUGGAACCCUCGUCAUCUUUCUGGACGCCACAUACCACUUGCCCCCUGCUGACCCUUUUCCUUGAGGCUGGGAGGAGGGUGGACAGAUCCUUGGCCAGGUGAAUUGAGAGUUUGGCAGUGCUGUCAAGCCCUAUACCUUUCUGCAUCUUAACUCCAUCACUAGAGUCCAGUUCUCUCAUCAUUUCGUUUCUAAGGAGGGAGCCUAAAUGGGACUAGGCAUUUGGGGGGACUUGGGCCCACCUGAAAUGCACUGUUUAUUUACUCUUUAGCUUCUUGAGGAAGCUCCAUUGGAUGUUAACACCUAUGCUGGCACUGAAUGAAACAAACAACAAGAACUAGACUGUAUACCUUCUUAGGGCAGGAACUCUGUCUUGUUCACUGUAAUAUCCCUGGCACCUAGCACAGAUCCUAACCUAUAUAACAGGUACCUCUGGUUGAAUGAAUAGGGAAAUUUUUUUUCUGUGAGGAAAUACACUAAGUAGUAGUGCUGAUGUUUGCAUGUUGGGACUAGUGGUCAUUUUUUGUUUUUGCCUUUCUGCAGUUUAUCAUAUUUUAUAAUAUGUAUUAUCUUUAGGAUUAAAAAAAUGGUUAUUUCUAAAAAGAUGCAUUUGUAAUGAGGAUAAAAAGCACACUUUUAAAACUUCAAGUUCCAGCUUUGGUGCUCAAACUUUGGACAGCUACUAAACUGUUCUGUGCCUCAAUUUCCCCAUCUGUAAAAUGAAGCUAAUAUUAAUAGUAUUUAGAAUCUGCCCCCUAGACUGAGCAUCAUAUAAGAAGAGAAAACAUUAUACAAUAUACAUCAGAGUUACACAGUGAAAUGUUUUGUUUGGCCCAUGUUGUUGGCCAAAAUUUAAAAUCUGAUUUGCUACUUUUAAAAUGUAAAAAAAAAAAAAAAAAAGACUCUCCUUUGGGAUCGGCCGGCCUUCACGCCUCAAGGGUGUACUAGCCUUUGUUGACCAAAUAAAACUCUGAGCUGUAAAAAAAAUAAUAAAUAAAUAAAAAUGUGGACAUUUCAGAGAAAUUUG